UGUGAGGCGGUGAAAAUCUUUACCCUGCGGUAAUUCCGCGUUCAUCGCCGUCCAAACACCUCCCUGCCUCGACAGACUCUUGGAAAAUUCUUCCACAUCCUCCACAGGUUGUGCAAGUAAAUCGUUAAAGGGUUUGAAAGCGGCACCAAAAAUGGGAGAAAUGACGGAGCAAAAGAACUUUUCUGAAGUUAUUUCUCAGAUAUUACAAGAGGCUCCAGCUGCCAGGAAGGGUCUUGUUGAUAACCACAGCAACCUCCUCCGAGUGGCAGAUUACUGCGAAAACAAUUACCUUCAGGCAGAGGAUCCAACGAAGGCUGUUGAAGAGUCCAAAGCUUUGGCUGCCCAGUCACUGGCCAGUGUCACCUACCAGAUCAACAGUCUGGCCAGCACCAUGCUGAGGCUGCUGGACACGCAGGCCAUGCAGAUAAAAGAUAUGGAGUCCUCAGUCAACCUGCUGUCAUUGGCUGCAGCUAUCCACUUCGAGAAAGUAUCCAGGAGAGAGAUUGGCGCUUUCACUACUACCAAAAACAGGAUCCGUGCCAAGCUUUUGACCCCACCACCUUCAGGCAAGGAGCCAGAGAAAAGCUAUGCCAGAGUGCCAAUAUCAUUCUCCAUCUUGGACUCCAUUGGACAUUGUUUCCAGGUUGUUGAGCCGGAGCCCAGAAAGAGAGCAGGGACCGCAGACAGCUUACAGAGCAUUGGAGACAUCUCUGUAUCCAAUCUUGGGAUCGCGGUGCCUCCACCUUCAGUCCCCACCUUGCAAACUGUCUCCAACCCCUCCAGUGACAACCUGCCUCCUCCUUUCCCUACUACUGCCAAUUUAGACCCCAAUAUGGCUGCUUCUCCUCCACCGCCACCACCUCCCCCUUCCUCCAUGGACACUGGCCUCCCUCCUCCACCCAACUUGACCUCACCCACAUGUCUCCCCCCACCACCACCACCAAUCUCUCCGUCAAAUGGCAUGUACCCGCCGCCACCUCCACCUCCUCCUGCAGUGGGAGGUUCCCCUCUUCCUCCUCCACCUCCUCCAGUAUCUGGAGCUGGUCCUCCUCCUCCUCCCCCUCUAUCGGUAUCAGGAGCUGGUUCUCCGCCUCCUCCUCCACCUCCACCACCACCCCUUCACAGUGGCACCUCUGGUGUUGUGCCACCAGCUCCUCCACCUCCACCUCUAUGGUAACCUUAUAGCUCCCAUUAUUGGAUGAUUUUAUUCUACCUAGUGUAACUCAGGUGUUUUAUAUAACUGGAAGUUAACAAUGUAAGCAGGGCGCUAGGUGACAACGUGAAACAUGUGCCGCAUGGGAAACAUUUUCGGGCCUGUUGUGAGAUCAUAGCUCAGCAUAAAUAAAAGCUUAAAAAAGCAUGUGUCGUGGUUUAACCUUGAGCUGUUUCAUUUUUGUUGAAUGGCACAGUGUGAGCCUCAAAUGUUUUUUUUUCUGGGACAGAAAUUCCUUCUUCAAAGUAAAACAGAGCUGCAACAGAGAUGCUUCCAACAUGUUCCAACAACACUUCAACUGCAUUCCUAAGUAACAAGCUGCAACAAGGACUCAGGUUUCCUUGUUAUCCUCUUUUUUUGUCCUGCUUUGUGAUUUCUAUUUUUUAUUACAUCUUUGUGUUGUUUAUUACAAUGUGUCAGUAAGAGCUGCCCUAACAGCGAGUGGCCUUUAGCCCAUUCUGCUGUGUGGUAAGUGAUGAUAAGUUGUUUACGUCACCGACUGUAACCUCAGUAAGUUCUGCUACUUUAAACAGGUCAAUGAGGCUAUAAAAAAUUCUGUUUCAAGUCUACACUCUACUUAACCUGCACCACAUGACUUGUACUUGAAGGUAAGAUUUAUUUUCAGCAUGGAAAAUAUUAAAUUAGUCAGGGGCAGUAUAUCCAAACUUGUUUAAUCAUGUUCUUUGUUGUUAUGUUUGUCCAGUCUUGGCCUAAAGCUAGAGGAACAGCUUCAUCGUACAUCAAAAAUAGAAAUGUUUGUCGAGCCGAACUCAAGUCUAUAACCUGUUAUGUUGCAACAUCUCAUAAAACAUGCAUCCUGUGCAGUUUUAACUUUAACUUUAACUAAUUAUAGUGUUAUGUAGACAAAGUUGACUGUGCGAGUAAGAUCUAAAUCUACUGUGUUUUGUAUAAAUUAUAGGAUUGUGCAGCUUUCUGCAGUCAUUACAUCUGUCUUCUUUUUUAUGUCUCUGUGAUUUCAGGAUAGAUAACAAGAUAAAGAGCUACCUUUGAACUCUCCAUGUAUAAAUGUAUUGUAAAACACAACAUAAAAUUGCAUGACAAACAAUAAGCUAGAGUUAGAGUCCUCAGUUUAAAAUCAGAUCUGUCCUCUUGAAUGACAAGGCCUCAUCGUUUGCUUCUUUCAUUUUCCUCAGGUGAAAAUAUACCUGUCAUGGUCAUGUUUUAUCUUAUGAUUGAGAUUCCCUUGUUGUGUUUUUGUAUCGUUCUGUGGAUUUUAUGCUGCCGUUAUGCAAAGAAACGCAGAGAAGCAGAAGGCUGGUCCCUGAGGUCCAAUAACUCUCCAUCUGUAUAUGUCAUCCCCAUAUAUGGGGAGGAGCAGGAGGAUGAGGAAGUAAUGGACAUAUAUGAAGCAUAUUUUCAAAGUCAUCACAGAGAUCCUCUAAUGUACUCCUCAAGAAAUUCCAGCCCACCUCCUCCAUACAGGCUUGAACCAUCAUCCUGUCUAGACCCACCACCAUCAUACACAGACCCCCCAGCGUACUCAGAGCAACCCUGAUUCUGCUUCAUCUUCCUCCACCUCCACUUCAAAUACCCUGUUAUCCUAAAUAUACUCUUCUUUUUUUUUCUUCUUUCAGAUUUUGACGUUGCAAUUAUGUUGUGAAAUUAUUUUCAAACACUAGUUUUCUGAUCGAUUGUUUCAUUUGCCAUACAUUUAAUGGUUAUAUGUUUCAUUUGGGACAUAUGUGUACAAUACACUAUGUUGAAGGAGAAUCUUUAUUUGAUUGAUACAACUAUUACAACUACAACUAACAAACACAACCCAGUAAAAAACUCACUAAUGACUAAACACUCCAUAUGUACAGCAUGCCUGUGGUCACAGUUUGAACAAGAGCCACAUUUAGCUGCUUAUUGUUUACAUGUUUGAAUAACACUCAUUACUCACAUUACUUUUUAGUGUAUAUAAUUUACUAAAUAAAAUAAGUACAAAUAAAAUGUACCCAAACAAGUGUUCAGUUUUGUUUUGUCAAUAACAAAGUAGAAAGAUAGAGAGUUUUGUGCUGCACAGUGCUAUGAAUUCAGAAUUCCCUAUUUGGAGAUCAUUGUUUUUGUUUUUAUUGCUCAGUGAAGCAAAUCUACCAACCACUUGUAUGUUUUACCAGAAUUUGGCCAGUGCAGAGCAAGAGUGGUCUAAUAACUGACCCCUGAGGAAUGCCGUUUUAAACGGUUUGCUAUAGUAAACAAAGAAUUAAAUUGUUUUAUGAAUGACUUUGUUUAACAUGCACAAGAAAUGUGAACCGAACACACCUCUAAGUCCUGUGUCUUUAAAAAAGACAAUAAUGCUGUAAAAGCUCUUCACGUUGUCUACUUCCCCAAGUGACACAUUAUCUUUUGAUAGCAACCCAUAGAUCAGGACAGUUUCUGUAUGUUUUGGAUUCUUAAAUAAGGUAAGGACUCAUCUCAUUGUAAUAUAAUGAUUAAAUAAAAUCUGUUUGGCCUCUGAUUCUGUGUCAUCGGGGUAACGAAAGUUAGAACUAUGUGUUUCAAAUUUGUUUUACUUACACCUGUAAUGAGCAGAUUUACAGGAUGAAGGUCCAUGGUCAGUUGUUGAACUCAGACAGUAUAGUCAAAGUCAAACAAUAUGCCGGCCUUUCCUGCUACUUCAUGAGCUCCUUACAUCUUGAUUUAAGAUUUCUAGUUGUACACUUCUAAGUCAUUUUCAGUUAAAAAAACAACAACAUUAUGGUUAGCGAACAGCUGCAGGGUCACUGGAACAAUCAAAGUCUCAUUAUUGUUCUCGUAAACUAAGAUGUAAAGGCUGACACAUUAUCAUAUCCUGUGAUGUAAUCGCACACCCACUUGUUGAUUUCGGUCUACAUGUCCAAAGACUUUGUUUCUAUUCAGAAAAGACUGCUUAUCUGUUUUUGUAUGAUUCUGUUAUUCUGUAUACUGUUAAAUCUGAUAUUUUAUGUAUUGCUAGCUUCUCCAUGACAACAAAACAAUCAAUUGCUUUUGCAAUUGUGGGUGAUUGCUUGGUUUGCCUCAUAAGUUUUCAUAUCAUACUGCCAAUAAAAGUCCAUAUUUCACAUAAUUGUAUUGUUGUAUCUGCUGCCAUGUCUUCCUUUCCUCACAGUAAUGUCAGCAGGUUGACAUAAUUGCAGCCAUGAGUGUGCUUGGGACUGUCUUUGGAUACCUGUAAGUAAUCAAAUAAAGUCAAAGUCAUACAUUUCAGGAGGGGAAUUGCUGACUUGAAACACAAAACGAUUAAGCAUUGAAAUUAUGGAAAUGUGUUCCUAGAUUCCCAGUCUUGGGGAUGGCCAUAGCUGUGGUACUCUUCUGCUUAUAUCUGAAAACAAAAAAGACAAGAGGAACACGUGACAUCACCAUGCCAACGACGCAACAUGGCAGCACAUCUUCAGUAGUCCAUACAAUAUCUUUGCCUGAGGAUCAGGCAGAAGAGGGCAGAUAUUACGACAGAUUCCCUCCUCGGUACAGCACUGUGGAUCUCCCACCACCAUACUCACUGGUGCGUGAGCCCUCACUACAGUCAUGGAUCACUACAAACAAAUCAAAACAUAGAUUCAAACAAUUUGUCUAUUAAUUACUCCUAACAUGUAGGAGGAGCAUGCUUUACCAAAAUCACCUGUUUCUAAAGUUAGUAAUCUAGAGAUUCAGGCUCAUAUGUACUUAUAUACUAUAUACGAUUU